AUAAUAAAAAAUUUGUAUACGCAUAAAAAAAUAUUAAAAAAGAAAGGCACGAUGGGCUGUAGUAACUUUGCUAUAGGAAGACAGAGCAGAGGGAGCCUAAAAGCUGAAGAAAGCGGUCAAUGGAACCAACCUUUUCUUUCUCUACUCCUCUUUCAAAAACCCUUACCCUUAUUUUUCCAAUCUCUUUUUUUCACUUUGCCGCAUAAUUUCCCGCCAAAAAAAGGAGACAAAUCAGAACCAGAAUUUACAGAUUUGUGUAUUUUGACCCUAGACCUAGAUAUGGGCAUUGAUUCAGGAUCAAGCCACUUCACAGAUUUCAGAAGGCAGCUCAGAUACUAAUCCUAACUGUGGAGAAUGUAUGAAUACUAUGGUUGUGAAAGCCUACCCUCUUGGCGUAGCGCAUAUGAUCAAUGGCAAUGUAGAUGAUGAUGGAGAGUCUAGAAUGGAACUGGCUGUGGGUUUGGAGUUUGAUUCAGCAGAUGAGGCACGUGAGUUCUAUGGUCUGUAUGCAAUGCGUGUCGGGUUCAAAAUUCGAACUGGUCAGCUGUAUCGCUCAAGAACAGAUGGGUCAGUUUCAUCAAGAAGAUUUGUGUGCUCAAAGGAAGGGUUUCAGCUGAAUUCAAGGACAGGUUGCCCUGCUUUCAUUAGGGUACAAAGACGUGAUUCGGGGAAGUGGGUUAUUGACCAAAUUCAGAAGGAUCAUAACCAUGAACUUGGGACUGCAGGGGAAAGCAGUUCGCCCAUUUUGCUGCAGAAACCUCCUGUUGUUACAAAAUCAUUGGUUGAAGUGUUGCAUAGGCCAAAAGUCAAAUUGCUGGGACAAAUAGAUUAUGGAGGACCAAGUCCAUCUGGCGUCAUUAAUUUCAAACGGCAAAAACGUGGUGGAGAUGGAGGGCAAUCUAUAGCUCAACCAUAUAUAGGACUAGAGUUUAAUACAGCUAAUGAAGCAUAUGCAUAUUAUCAAGCAUAUGCCGAAGAUACUGGGUUUAGAGUUCGGAUUGGUCAGUUGUUUCGCUCAAAGAAUGAUGGGUCAAUUACUUCCCGCAGAUUUGUUUGCUCAAAGGAAGGGUUCCAGCACCCUUCAAGAGUAGGUUGUGGGGCAUUUAUGAGGAUUAAGAGGAAAGACUCUGGCAGUUGGAUGGUAGACCGUCUUCGUAAAGAUCACAAUCAUGAUCUUGAAAUGCAUACGGUGUACCAGAAGAAACUUUCUACAGCUUCAAAGAAAUUCAUAGAGGAGGAAGCUGGUGGCAUGGUCUCUGUGGAUCUAGGUGAAAUGAAUAAUGGCAAACUUAUCAGAAGAAGCCGAGAAAGCAAAAUUGGAAAUGAUUGGUAUUCUGUACUUUUAGAGUAUUUUCAAACCAGACAAGCAGAAGAUACUGGAUUCUUUUAUUCAGUAGAGGUUGAUAAUGGUAGUUGCCGGAGUGUUUUUUGGGCAGAUGGCAGGUCUAGAUUUUCAUGUAGUCAAUUUGGUGAUGUCAUUAUUUUUGAUACUUCAUACAGGAAAAGUAACUAUGUGGUGCCAUAUGCCACAUUUGUUGGACUAAACCACCACAAGCAGCCAGUGCUUCUUGGAUCUGCUUUGAUUGCUAAUGAAUCGAAGGAGUCUUUUACUUGGUUGUUUCAAACUUGGUUUAGGGCAAUGUCUCGGGGCCAUCCUAAGUCAAUUAUUGCUGAUCAAGACAUUGCCAUUCAGCAAGCAGUUGCUGAAGUCUUUCCUGGGACUCAUCAUCGUUUUUCAUUGUGGCAGAUUAGAGCCAAGGAGCAAGAGAAUUUUCGGUCAAUGCCUAUUGAAUUUAAACAUGAAUAUGAAAAGUGCAUUUAUCAAAGUCAGACAACUGUUGAGUUCAAUACCACUUGGAACUCUCUUAUCAAUAAAUACAGCUUGAAGGAAAAUGUUUGGCUAAAAUACAUGUAUGAAAAGCGUGAAAGUUGGGUUCCAUUGUAUUUGCGGGGCAAAUUUUUUGCUGGGAUUCCUAUAGGUCAAAGUUUUGAAUCAUUCUUUGGUACGCAGCUAGAUGGCCAAACACCCCUUAGAGGAUUUGUUUCACGAUAUGAGCAAGGACUUGAGCAACGUCGUGAGGAGGAAAGAAAAGAAGAUCUCAAUUCUUUUAAUUUGCAAGCUUUUUUGCAAACAAAAGAACCAAUAGAAGAACAGUGUAGAAGGCUCUAUACUUUUACCAUCUUCAAAAUAUUUCAAGAUGAGCUUCUACAAUCUUACAGUUAUAUUGGGAUAAAAACUUACGAAGAAGGGACUAUUAGCAGGUAUGUGGUUAGACGGUCUGGGAAUGAGAAUGACAAACAUGCUGUUACCUUUAGUACCAUCAACCUCAGUGUUAAUUGUAGCUGUCAAAUGUUUGAAUUUGAAGGGGUGCUGUGCAGACAUGUCUUGAAAGUGUUCAAAUUGCUGGACAUAAGGGAACUUCCUUCUCAAUAUAUCUUAUGUCGGUGGAUGAGAAAUGCUGAGUAUCGUAUUUUAUGUUGUGCUGAGUCAGGGAUAAGCUCCCAAGAGCUGAAGGCUUUUAUGGUCUGGAGUUUAAGAGAAACAGCCUGUAAAUAUGUAGAGUGUGGGGACGGCAUCUAUAGAAAAAUAUAAACUUGCAUAUGAGAUCAUGCGUGAAGGUGGAAAAAAGCUUUGUUGAUUGAGGUAACUUCUUGGAAUAACCUCAUUAGGCUAAAUCCUGUAUGUUAAAAACCUUCAGCUUGGAUUAUAUGUGUUUAAAGAACCAACUUUGCAUUUGAUUGGGGUUACUUGCCCAAGAUGUGUUUCCAGUUUACUCUUUUUUGACCAAUGUGUUUCCUUUUGACUUGAACGGUACUUGUUCUUUUUUUAAGAGAAAAGUAGGGGGAGGGAGAUCAAUUUAUCUUGUUUUAAGGCUGGCUGAAAUGUUCAAUUUUCUUGAACAUUGUUUGAUAGUUAAAACUAGAUCUAAUAAUUUUAAACACAAUACAAAAAAAU